AUGACAACAGUGAAUCCCGAUAUGAAGGCCUGGUUUUUAGACGAAACCAGAGUCAUAGACCAACGCAUUGCAGAAAUUCAAACCAACAUAACUCGCAUCAACGAGCUCCAAACCAAUAUCCUCACUGGUACAUCUAGCCAACAAGAAGCUACCAAUGCACGUGAACGAGAAUCGAUAAUGACACAUACAAAGUCCAUUUUGUUCGAAAUUAAAGAUAAAAUCAAAGCAAUAGAACGCGAAAAUGCUAGAUUGCCACGAGAUCAUCCCGAACUCAAUCUUCGCCGUCAAAGACAUGCCCAUCUUCGUGAGAAAUUUACCAAUGUUCUUGAAGAGUACCGUGGCAUCGAAGAGGGUUAUCGUCAAAAACAGAAGGAAAGAAUGGCUCGUCAAUAUCGUGUGGCCAACCCCGACGCAACACAGACUGAAAUUGACUCGUAUCUUAAUAAUACAUCUAAUCAACCCAUUUUCGCUACUAGUCUGGUUCGUACCAGUGAUGCUCGGACAGCAUUGGCAGAAGUGCAGAAACGACACGACGAUAUCAAACAGAUAGAACAGACAAUUGGAGAACUGGCUGAUUUAUUCAAUGAGAUGCAGUUGCUGGUCGAGGCGCAGGAUGAUGUAUUGGUCAACAUUGAAGAGAACGUUGACGAGACGUUGAUGAAGACGGAACAAGCGAACGAGCAUUUAACUACUGCGACUAUGAGUGCACUUGCUGCUAGGAAGAAAAAGUGGAUUUGUCUAGGAAUUUCACUUCUGGUUGCGAUUAUUGUUAUUGCCAUACUUGUGGUUUACCUCCAUCCAAAAAAUAUUAUUCCUAGCAAUAGUGGUAAUACCUCCAAUACUGUCACCGUAGUAAACACAGUGACCCCGACCCCGACUACGAGGCCGACGUGA